CCUUUUCUUCAGGAGUGGAAUUUUUGUAAACAUAUCGAAAAGUUUGAUUUUGAAGGGUUUCUCGGCUACCAAACACGACUUAUCGUAAUGAAACGCAAAAAGGGAGGAUUGAUGUAUCCUUCGGUAAAAUUUCAGCGGGCUUCGUCGAAUUUGGAGACCUUUAGUGCGGUGAAGAAGAGCGAUACCUCAUUGAAUGAUAACGGAGGUUUAUCUGGGGUUGAAGCCAAGGAAUUUUACGAAAGUUUGCUUAUGGAAAAAAACGAAACUUGUGUGAGAAAUGCUAAGAGAGUAAAUAAGGCAGAUAUUGAAGUGGAAAAACGUUUUAAAAGGAAAACAACGGAUGUAAAUACGCCUUCUGAAAACAAUAAAACAAAAUGGAAUUUGACUGAUAGAUGUACCAUUAGACAAGUGAAUUCAUUUCUUAGAAUGGCACAAGAGGGAGACCUUAGUGGAUUACAAGAAAUCAUUCGGGACAAAAAAGUUGAUAUAAAUGCCAAGGAUCAAUUUGGUUGGACGGCUUUGAUGUGUUCGGCAAGAAGCGGUCAUAGAACUUGCAUCAAGCUACUCCUUAAAGAAGGUGCUGAUGUCAAAUUGCAAAACAGCAAGGGUGAAACUGCUCGGGACAUUGCAAAGCAUUCUGGUGUUCGUAGGUUGUUUGACCGCCUUAGAAAAUCCAGACGAAAACAAAAGUCAGAUAAUGCUGAACUCACAACUUCCACUGAACAUACCUGUGACAUUUGUGCAACCACUUUCUUUGGCUCGAAGAAUGAGCACAAUACAUCAACAGCUCAUUUGUUUAACUGCCAAUACAAGUCAGAACGAACACUCUAUCACAUUCCUGAAACUAACAUUGGAUUCAAAUUGAUGAAACAGAAGGGAUGGGAUAAAGAACAAGGUCUUGGCCCGGAAGGAGCUGGCCGUAAGUUUCCUGUGAAAACAAUUUUGAAGCAAGAUCGCCAGGGCUUAGGCAGCAAAAACAAAGAAAAAGCAAAGAUCACUCAUUUCUCAGCAAGAGAUACGAGCGCUGUGAAAGGGAAAAAGGAUGCGGGGGCAAGCACAGGGUUGAGAGCCCCCCGAAGAACCUGGAAGAGAAAUCUUAUUCAAAAACAAGAGAAAGACAAACGAUGGGAACAAAAUUUAAGAGUGUACAUGAAUACAGAAUGAUUAAAUAUGUUUACAUUUUGAAUGACAAAUAUUUACAGGUGUAAUCUAAUUUCCCAAUUAUA